UUCAGCCAAAGUCGAUUGGAAUAAGCUCGAGCUACCUGCAAACCUGAACAGGAUCAGCACAGUAUAGAAAAUGGCUGAAUAGUUUAUUUGCUGAGUUUAUUCUUUUUAGCAAAUAGGACAGAAAGGUGGCCAGAGACCAUUUUCCUCUCUUCAUCCUUUCUGGCCAGUUGCUGGCUAGAGUUUUGCAUUUUUCCAGUGACUUCGCCACUAGUGGCAAUAUGAGGCGAUACCUGCAGGUCGCAGGAGUUGCUCAGGUAGUGCCGCUCCUCCAGGAUGUCAAAUGCGCAAUAGGGCAAGAAUGUUUGCUCAUUUUGUCAAUCCCAGCACAGUAUCAAGAGCUUGGAUGAGAUAUCAGGAGACAGGCUACUAUAACACGUGAGGACUGUAGGAGGGCAACAACCCAGCACCAGGAGCCCUUUGUGCUCUUUAUGGAGCAACAGGAGGCCAGAGCCCUUCAAAUUGACUUUGAGUAUAAGCCUGUCCAUCAACUCAUCAGGAGCAUGCCCCGGUGUUACAGAGAAUACAGGCACCUGGAGCCUAUACCCACUAGGAUGUGGGAGGAAACCGAAGUACCCGGAGAAAAUCCACGCAGGCACGGGGAGAACAUGCAAACUCCAUACAGGCGAGGUAGAAUUUGAACCUGGGUCCCCAGAACUGUGAAGCAGAUGUGCUAACCAGUCGUCCAACUAAAUCAUAUUCGGAAAGUAAUAUGGCCUAACAUCAAAUAACUACUUUGACACUUUGACAGAAUAAAGCAUUUUCGAUGUGGUUUGGCUUUGGAAUUUCCUUGUGUGUGUUUGUGGAGUGUUUUAUGGCGGGAUUCACAAUUUUUGGGGGGGAGUGUGUGUCAGUGCACUUGUGGAACCUCUGUGUGUAUGUGGAAACCUUGCAAGCAUCGACUUCCUGACAAUGGUGAGUGUGGCCACAACACAGACCUCACUGCAGCUCAAGUUGCUGGAAAGUUGUGGUUAACAUUUUGUACCAUUUCCUACAAAAUUCUUGUGAAAUCAUGUUGCGUUGAAAGUGCUUUAACCUUGAGUAGGUGUGUAAAAAUUAGCAAUACUGGGCGAGAAAAGAGAAUAGAGGUGGAGCUUCGUUAGCCACUGUCUUGAAGAACUGCUGGAAACUACUGAGUUGAACUAAGAGCCAAAAAAGGAUGCAAAUAAACCAGCACAUAAACAGCCACACCGACUGACAUUUUAUUCUACUUUCGUUGAAGGUCGUGUUGUGUAUACAAAUACAUUUCAGUGGCUGAAGGCUGAAGACGAAGAUGGCUUUAAAUGAGCUCACAUGUAAAUAUAGAUUUUUGGUGUUCCACAUAGCAAUUAGAGAGCGAUGGCGGGACAAAGAGGGAACGCGAAAUCAUAGCUGGGGGAUCAUGAGGGGAUAUGUGUGCCUACGUGCAUCACAGGGGUGAGGCGGUUCAGAAGGUCCCAUGUUGGCCAGGGGGCUCGCAAGUGUUCAGGUGCUAGAAUCCUCCAGCAGAGCCAACGCUGACCAUGGGUCUAUAUCAAGAGCUGGGUUGGGUUUCAACCCCAUGCGGUGAUGGAGGAUUAUUCUGAGAAAUCGCCUUGAAUAACUGCUCUAAAUUGGCUUCGGCUAAUGAAGAGUGGAAGGUAUAGAGAGACGAUGGACUGGUGGAUAUGACUCUACUGCCCUACAAACGUUGCAAAAAGAGAGCGGGUCCUGGGGACGACUCUGCAAAGGAGAAAAUGAAAAUGUCAGCAUUCCAAAAUCCUGCAGCUGUGUGCACAGGCCACACAUUCCUGGUCCUUCAGAGGACAAACAGUUCAGCAGCUAAGCACAGGGGUCAUUAUGUAAGUUGUCUGAUUUCGUUGAAUAAAUACUGGAUUUGCCCUGGGGGAGAAACAAAUUGAUGAACAAGGUGUCCUGACCUAUGAGUCCACCUGAGGCUAUCCAUGUCUCAUCACAGCUCCAAGGCUGGUGUUAAUUCAAAGCUGUGGGAACUCAGCCAACCCACUCAUAUUUCAGACAUCUCUCACAAUAGUCGUGUGUAGGAUUGUUUAAAAGGUGUGUGUGUGUGUAUGGAAUCCUUGACCAGGGGCAAGGGGACAUGAGAUGCGUUUCUUACAUAACAAUGAAUAACAACACUAAACUGAGCCAUAUCAUUACUAUGGUGGCAUGCAACAAACAAUACAAUCAGCAACACUUCCCAUAGACAUCCAUCCAUUUUCUACACCGCUUAUCCUCACUAGGGUCGUGGGUAUGCUGGAGCCUAUCCCAGCUAUCUUCGGCCGAGAGGCGGGGUACACCCUGAACUGGUUGCCAGCCAAUCGCAGGGCACAUAUAAACAAACAACCAUUCGCACUCACAUUCAUACCUACAGGGAAGUCAGAGUCUUCAAUUAACCUACCGUGCAUGUUUUGGGGAUGUGGGAGGUAACGGGAGUACCCGGAGAAAACCCACCCAGGCACGUCUUUGGAGACCUUACACGACUCACUUACACAAGGGGAGACCUGCUAACCAUCAAGGAGUCUACUCCAGACUUUCUGUCACCAACUUUCGAAUAUCCGCUCAGUUUUUUCCCAGAGUUACUCACCGGAGCGGCGUCCGCGGUUUUCGGCGCAUGGAGACGGAAGCGGCGCCACAGAGGGAAGCGAGCCGGCAUUCAGGUGAAACUCCGCAAGAGAGGACACAGAUUGGCGUUCCCGUCGAUCCACCUCGCGAAUGUACGCUCCCUACCCAACAAAAUGGACGAGCUUCAUCUUCUGUUAAAGACACGUAAAGACUUCGGACGUUCCGCGGCCAUGUGCUUCACGGAGACCUGGCUUUGCGACGCUGUACCCGAUGCCGGCAUUAUGCUUCCCGGUUUCCACAUUCAUCGAGCGGACCGCGACAUGGAAUCAUCGGGGAAAACAAAGGGCGGUGGGAUAUGCCUCUAUAUCAACGAAAAAUGGUGUACGGACGUCACGGUGAUCAGCACACACUGCAGCCCGCAUUUGGAGUCGCUAUUCUUAAAUUGUAAACCAUUCUACUCGCCACGUGAGUUCGCAUCAUUCAUUUUCGCUGGCGUCUAUAUUCCGCCUCAAGCUAACACGAACGCCGCAUUGCUAACGCUCGCCGAUAAAGUCAACGAAAUUGAAAAAAAACACCCCGACUCACCCCUCAUUAUUCUUGGGGACUUUAACAAAGCUAAACUCAACCACGAACUCCCUAAAUACAAGCAGCACAUCGACUGUCCUACCAGGGAAAAUAAUACUUUAGACCACUGCUACACCACGGUAAAAAACGCAUACCGUGCUAUACCUCGUGCAGCCUUGGGCUCGUCUGAUCACUGCUUAAUUCACUUAAUACCGACGUACAGGCAAGAACUUAAAUGUGCGAAGCCUACAGUGAAAACAGUCAAAAAGUGGACAAAUGAAGCCAAGAUGGAACUUCAAAGCUGCUUAGACUGCACAGACUGGAGUGUCUUUGAAAACUCAGCUGGCAGCCUGGAUGAAUAUACGGACACUGUUACAUCCUAUAUCAGUUUCUGUGAAGAGGUCUGUGUUCCAACAAAAUCAUUUCGCACAUUCAACAACAAUAAGCCGUGGUUCACUGCUAAACUUAAGCAGCUUCGCCAAGCUAAGGAGGACGCAUAUCAGAGUGGGGACAGGGCCCUGUAUAAUCGAGCUAGAAACCAGCUGACCAAAGAAAUUAACAUUGCAAAGAGGAUCUAUACAGCAAAGUUGGAAAAACAGUUUAGCGCAAACGACUCUAAAUCAGUCUGGCAUGCAUUCCAGUCGCUGACUAAUUACAAGCGACGAUCCCCCCAAGCUGAGAACAAUAGCACACUAGCCAACGACUUGAAUACCUUCUACUGCAGAUUUGAAAAGGACAGUUUCACACCACACACCAAUCCGGCCGCACCCGCGACCACAAUCACACCUCUGACCUCUGCGUUAACCAUCCAUGAACAGGAUGUGAGACGCAUCUUCAAACAACAAAAGAUUAACAAAGCGGCAGGCCCGGACCACGUGUCUCCAUCCUGCCUCAAAGUCUGCGCGGACCAGCUCGCGCCAGUCUUCACUCAGAUCUUCAACAGAUCACUGGAAAUGUGCGAAGUUCCAUCCUGCUUCAAACGCUCCACCAUCAUCCCAGUCCCCAAGAAACCUGCAAUCUCGGGUCUGAAUGACUACAGGCCUGUCGCUUUGACAUCUGUGGUCAUGAAGUCCUUUGAACGUCUUGUGCUGGACCACCUCAAGAGUGUCACAGGUCUGACAUCUAGCGGUUACCAGGACAACUGCAGUUGUGCCGGACGCUGGGUCAAUCAGUAA